AUGUCUUACACUCCAAAUUCAUUUGUUGGUCUUUUAUACACUGGUAGUUUCCUCGCAGGAGCUAUGUAUGGUUCAAUGAGAAUCAAAGGUUUGAAAGAGAAACACAGAGAUCUUUUGGUUCACGACAUCGAAAAGGCCGUCAACCAAACAAAGACUAAAUCAUUCGAAGAAGGUAUUGUUUUCCAAAAGGCUGCCUCUGCACCAAAGAUUGAAACCGGUGGAUUCACUGAUGAACUCGAUCAACUCGUUGCCGACGUCGUUGGUGCUGAAUUGGUUAGAGAUAUCCUUGCUUAA